AACUAGAGCAGCUGUCUCACGCAUUUCCUUUUCUAAGAGGCAUCUUGAGGAAGCAGUUUAUAAGCCAGGUCAUCACAGGGUACUUACCCAGCGUGAUCUUGAUUCUAUUUUUCUAUGCCGUUCCACCAUUGAUGAUGUAUUUUUCGGCCUUGGAGGGAUGUAUUUCACGGAGUAUAAGGAAGAAGAGUGCUUGCAUCAAAGUCUUAUAUUUUACCAUUUGGAAUGUGUUCUUCGUGAAUAUUUUAUCGGGGUCUGUUAUCAGGCAACUGAAUGUCUUUUCUAGUGUCAGAGACAUACCUGCACAACUUGCAAGAUCAGUGCCAACACAGGCUGGCUUCUUCAUGACCUAUUGUUUCACAUCUGGUUGGGCCAGUUUGGCUUGUGAAAUAAUGCAGCCUAUGGCUCUUAUCUGGAAUCUGGUAGCAAAAGUUGUUACCAAGAACGAGGAUGAGUCAUAUGAAACACUUAGGUUCCCAUACCACACCGAAAUUCCUCGGCUGCUUUUGUUUGGGCUCCUGGGUUUCACCAAUUCAGUCAUAGCACCACUGAUACUGCCGUUUUUGCUGAUAUACUUUUUCCUUGCAUAUCUCAUAUACAAAAAUCAGAUACUCAACGUGUAUAUUACAAAGUACGAAAGCGGUGGACAAUACUGGCCUAUUUUCCACAACACAACAAUCUUUUCACUGAUCUUGACACAGAUUAUAGCUUUGGGUUUCUUCGGAUUAAAGCUAUCAACGGUUGCUUCGGGUUUCACUAUACCAUUGAUUCUUCUCACUUUGCUUUUUAGUGAGUACUGUCGGCAGAGGUUUGCGCCCAUUUUCAACAUAAUUCCUGCCCAGGUUCUCAUAGAUAUGGACAGGGCUGAUGAAAUCUCAGGAAAGAUGGAAGAGUUACAUAAAAAAUUGCAUAAUGUAUACUCGCAGAUACCAUUACACUCUGAGAAAUCAUCGAGUAAAGCUGAAUGCAGUAAUCCUUUCAAAAAUCAGGAGUUACCAGAUCCUGAAAAAUUGAAGCCAGAGGAAGGGGAUGCAAUAGCGAAAGAGUUAUGGGGAUAUCAAGGCAAUGAAUCAUGUCAAGAACAUGACGCUAAGUCCUGUCCCAGUGCUUCACCAGAGCAUCUUUCUCCAAAGCUGAUCGAACUUCACAAACGGAACUAGACAGACAUUUUUUACUAGUGAAGUAAUCGCGGAGGCUCCUACAAAUCAGUGCUUUAAGCACAAGAGUUUUGUCGUGGGCAUGCUCAGCUCCAAAACCAAUGUUACUGGGAAUACACUCACUUGAAGAUA